AUGGGUCUGUCAGGGCCACGGAAUGGCAGAACCUACAUCAUGUACCACGGCACCUCUUGGUGGGCUGCACAGGAAAUCAUGGCCAGAGGUUUUUAUCCGUCUAAGCGUGGCAUGUUGGGGCAGGGUGUGUAUCUAAGCCGGGACCUGGAGAAGGCUAGUAGAUACCCCCUGGACCUUCCUGAACACCAGAAGGUUGUCAUCAAAGUUAAAGUCAAUGUGGGCAAGGUGAAAAAAAUAGACUGCAAAGGCCACCCUUUGCAGAAGACGUGGCAUGACAAAGGUUACGACUCAGCCUGGGUUCCUCCUAACUGUGGCAUGGUGAAGAGUGGUUUACAAGAGAACUGUGUCUGGGACCCAAACCACAUUACUGUUUUAGACAUGAUCAAAUCAAAAACAGAACCCACCUUACAAAGUGAGGACACUGAUGAGGAAGAAGAGGAGGAAGAGGACACUGAUAAGGAGGAAGAGGAGGAGGAGGAGGAGGAAGAUGGGGUGGAGGGAGAGAAGGAGGAGGAGGAUUAUGAGGAAGAGGGGAUGGAUGGAGAGGAGGAGGAUUAUGAGGAAGAGGGGGUGGAGGGAGAACGAGGAGGAGGAUUAUGA